UUGUAGAUACUAGACGGGAUUUGAUUUCCAAACAAUUCUAUUGUGAGGACAUGUUCUCCCUGUUUCAAUCUGGCCUCCAAUCCAACAUUUAUCCCGUUCUAUUUUUAGGGACAUCAUUUCAGGAGCCCAUACGUUGAUGCGCUGCGUCCUCAGACUCCAAUCGUUGAGGAAAACAGGCUCGUGGCAGUUAUAACUUACACUCCAACAACCCGACAGCCAAAAGAAUCAAAAGACCGUAACACGGAAUCAAAUCAAAGACGGAGGAGCAAAAGCUUUGAACGAACCUCCUUUUUAAUGCAAAUGAAUCACCUGUAUCCAUUAUAGAAAAAAAUAAAAGAAGAAAAGGGGAAGAAAGAAGGAAAGAAAGGAAGGGAGAAACCCCACCACCAGACACUUUAGACUGGUUGGUUCCCUUCAUCCCCAGUCAUGGAGGCAAGCCUUUCUUGCAGGCCUCUUCUCGCUUCUGUCCUUCAGCAAUAAAUAAAUAAAUGAAUAAAUAAAUAAGUUAAAUUGUUGAUCACUAUUCCACCCCUUUUUUUUCUUUUCCCCUCUUUAUUACUUCCUGUUAUUCUUAUUCUCUAUUCUAUUCUUCGGAUUCUUCUCAUUCUUAUUCCAGUCUCUUCUAUGGUAUUUGUUGUUCUUCUUCUCAAAUAAAUGAAUUCGGUUACGAUCGUCCCUCUCUCUUCUUGAAAGCGGGAUGCCUCUUCUUCUUUUCUUUGUGUUCUUUUUGGUAGGUUCUCUUGUCGUAAAUUCCGAAUGAGACGUGCGUCUAGGGCUGAAAUUUGAUCCGGACGCCGGCCGAAACGACGAAAGAUGGCGACUUGGGAGAUGGGGAUUGGCAAGGUCGGCGAAUGACGGCAGAUUUCGAUGUGGGCUCUCGUUUGCCUGGUGAAAAAUAGGUUUUCUUUCCCCUCAUUUGAAAAAAUAGGGAUUCUUUUUUUUUUUUUCUGAUCUUUUUCGGGUUAGGUUGUCGACUAUCGUCCUGGGUUCCACUGACAUUGGUGUGGGUAAUUUUGAUAGUCUUCUCCCAUCUAUUCUUCUUAUAUUAUUUGGGUUUUGAGGUGAAGAAGGGUGUUUUGUGACCAAAACAAAAGGAGAGAUUUUCCUCCAAAUUUCUUGGAUUUUGGUCUUGUUUUUGGAGGUUAAUGGGAGUUUUGAGCAUCAUGGGCAAUUCCUUUGGGUGCUCGGCAUCCGGGGAGCGGCUGGUAUCGGCAGCAAAAGAUGGCGACCUCCAAGAAGCCAAGUUGGAAUACAAUCUCCGGCUUGCCAGGUACUCCACCUUCGGUGUCCGGAAUUCGACGCUCCAUUACUCUGCAGCACGAGGCCACCAUGAGAUUGUCUCUCUGUUGCUCGAAUCUGGCGUUGAUAUUAAUCUCCAGAACGUCCGAGGACAGGUGAAAUUGAAUAACCAACUGCACUUAAUGCUAGCUUGUCAAUAUGGUCACUGGGAGGUUGUUCAGACUCUAAUGCUUUUUAAUGCCAAUAUUCAUAGAACGGAUUAUCUCAAUGGUGGAACGGCUCUCCACUUUGCAGCUCUAAAUGGUCACACUUGAUGCAUUCGUCUUCUUCUUGCUGAUUACGUGCCAAGCAUAUCUGACUUUUGGAAUAUGAUGAGGAUGAAACCAACCCAAAAAGUUUCCGUUGCUGAUUUUGAUGUGGGCUCUUUAUGUCAGAUAGUUAACAGAAAGGCAGAUGGAGGCAUCACAGCUCUUCAUAUGGCUGCACUAAAUGGGCACACAGAGAGCGUGCAGUUACUGUUAGACUUGGGAGCUUUUGUUUCUGAGGUCACAGUGGGAGAUGGGAUGACAAUUGAAUUAAUAGCAGGUGCAGGAAGCAUGCCCCUUCAUUAUGCUGCUUGUGGUGGAAAUGCAGCUUGUUGUCAAGUUCUUAUUGCCAGAGGUGCCAGCUUAACUGCUGAAAAUUUGGACUCCCUGACUCCCUUGAUGGUAGCUCGAUCAUGGCAUCGAACUUGGCUUGAGGGCAUUCUAAGUAAACAACCAGAAAGCCGAAUACAUAUUCUUCCUUCACCAUAUUUUUGUCUUCCGCUUAUGAGCAUCAUGAGAAUAGCUAGAGAAUGUGGAUGGAGAAAUAAAAACUACUUCGGAAUAUUACACCAGUCACCUUUAUGCAUUGAUCCAUGCGUUGUUUGCUUGGAAAGGAAAUGUGUUGUUUGCUUGGAAAGGAAAUGCACAGUGGCUGCAGAAGGUUGCAAUCAUGAGUCCUGCACUAGGUGUGCUCUGUACCUGUGCUCCACCUAUAGCACUUCAACCAUUGUGGCAGGUUCACCUGGCUCUAUACCAUGCCCUCUUUGCCGGCACGCGAUUGUCUCAUUUUUCAAACUUUCUGGCACGAGCCCAGUCAGAGGGUUGCCUAGGACGAGCCUAUCCUUGUCUCUGUGCACUACUUGCCCAUCUGUGGGCUCGGAUUCAACCACUUUGAUGACCACUCAGUUGUGCAAGCCUGACUUCCACUGCACUCGGAUCCCUCCUCUGGGUUCAUCAUCCUUUCGGUCUUUCAGCUGCCAGAGGUUCCCGUCAAUGAAGCUUAAUUCGACUCUUUGCAUGGGAGCUCCAGAAACAAGCCCGUGCCUUGUAAGUUGCUCAAGAGCAGGAUCAUUAUGGCGGUCAGCUUCACAAGGGGAGAGCAGCAGAAGAUCAUGGCUCUUUGCCAAUAACCAAAUUGUUACUACUGGAAGCAGUUAGAAUCCUCUGUACUUGUUUGGGUUCCAAUUCAUCCUAUUCUUUGUUUAUUUCAUACUCUUUUUAUCCUGUUUUUCUUCUGUGUGCUUGCCUUCCAAAUCCUUCUUAUAAAAGUGCCAAUUGACCUGCCUGCUGUUGAUAUUAGUGGCGUAUCCUGCUGUUGUAAAUAGAGGAUUAUGUGCUCAUUUUCUGUUGUAUCUGUAAGUAGGCUAUUGUUUUUAUUUCUUUUUUUUUUUUUUUAAUUUUGGUUCUUUCAUUUUGUAAGCGAAGAGGGAUAUUGGUAUUAUUGCUUUUCUACUGCAAAUAGUGAAGGUUUUUGUUUCGUACGA